AUGAGAAAAGAAGCUAAGAAGCUUCUAGGAUCCUUGAAGAAAAUUGAUGGUGGGUCAAGUUCAUAUGAUAAUGAACAUCUUGUGGCGGUAAUAGAUGUGAUGAGACGAGUAGUUUCGGUUAGUGUCGUGGUGUUGAAGUCGUUAUUAGUGUUCUUGCCCGGGACACAAAGUAACAUGAAGACCAAGCUGGCUUCGUUACUAGUUAAGAAGAAGUAUAAUCAUGAUGCGACCUGCAAGAACGAGUUGGAGACAUUGGAUUACGCUAUUUGCGAAGACUUCAGCUCUCAUGAUGAUCUACAAAAGAAGCUUGUGGAGGUUGAGGUGUGCAUUGGUGGGUUCGAGAAGAGUUUAGAAGGGUUAUUUCGAAGGUUAAUAAGAACACGAGCCUCUCUUCUCAACAUAAUCUCUCACUAG